AUGAAUAAUCUUCAAGAUACAAUCACCAAAGACAAACAUGGCGAUUACCUUGCCACCACAUCCAAUCCAGUUAAUACCGAUCCUCAAUAUAUGGGCGAUUAUCCACCUCCCAAAUUCACUACAUCAAAAAUACCUGAUCUUCCUCCACCGACGCAGUCAACAACUGAGUCUCCGGCAAUCAAUCGUCCACCAAAAUCGCCCGGUGAAGCUUUAGGACCAUUUUUUCAAUUCAUAACAACCGAUUUAAACCGAAUGCUAUGGAUCGGAAGUGCGUUAGUCUUUCGACAUGUCUCCUAUGUACAACCACAUAUUGAAUUCUUGUGUGGAAAUGAUAUGUCGAUUAAUUACAAUUGGGAAAUCCUAUACGAAAAUAUCUUUGAUUUACGUGCUUAUCGAGUGAACAUUUUUAUUCGUAUUCCACCGGGUGAAAACGACGAACAGGUUUCCUGGAAGAUCGAUUGGGGUGAAAAAGUUACAACUGGACAGUUUUACAUUGCUCAAUUCAAUCAAAAAUGGCGUGGAGGAUUCUUUUCCUGCAAUGGUUUUGACGCUACUGUUACUGAAGAUAUUGCGUCGGAUUUAACUUAUUCUAACGUUUGGAAUCAUCUGUUGUCCGUCCACAAGGAGAAGCCAUUUCAUGUGCUACUAUGGGGUGGCGAUCAAAACUAUAUCGAUUUUAUCUUCGAAGAUAUUCCGUUCUUACGCGCUUGGGUUAACAUGGAAUGGAAUCAAAAAUGGACAACAGAUUUUCGUCAAGAUUUACAAGAUCAAGUCGAACAAUAUCAUUUCAACACGUAUGCAGAAAAUUGGAAUCGAAGAGAUGAAGUUCGAAAUGCUCUCUCAUCAAUUCCAAGUCUAAUGACGUGGGAUGAUCAUGAUAUAUUCGAUGGAGCGGGAUCGUACCCACCACUAAUUCACGAUAGUCCAAUGAUGAUGGGUCUAUUUCACUCCGCGCAAAAGAUGAGACUUUUAUUUCAACAUCAUACGACUUUAGCUAAAGCGCGACAACAUUAUCUAUUUGGAUACCAAGGAUACAAUUUCUUUGCUCAAUGUGGUCCGAAUUUGGUUAUUAUUGGCACAGAUGGUCGAAGUGAACGAACGACUGAACGAGUGCAUGAGGAAAAAACUUGGCAAAUGAUUUAUAACCAAUUAGAAACUGNGUAA